AUGAGCGUCUACGAAAUGGACUACGCGCAGCCUGACGCGAUUCGAUCCGAUCCGAACCACCCUGACCUUGAGGCUGGACGCAUAUCGCCGAAUACUCCGGCCUCUCCGAGGGAGCGAGACAACUCUGUCCCUGACGCGUUUACCACCGCAGCAAGAGUCAACUCCACCGAUACCGCCAAACGUCGCAGACGACGUUCGAAUACUGCCCGCUCCUACCACCCAGAUGGCUUUGGCGAGCCCCACUGGCAGCCCGGUACAGAACCCGGUAUCGAUCCUACCAAACCUCUUCCACCAUACAGCUCCGAAUGGGCGUCAAACGUACCCGGAGACUUACAGAGACAAUGCGAAAUCACAGUGGUAGACUUCUCGCAGAAUGAAAUGCGGCAAUACGAGCUUGAUAACGACACUCUUGAACAAUUCCUGAGUCGUGAGCGAGAAUCCUGGGUACAAUGUCGAUGGAUCAAUGUCAAUGGGCUGAGCUGGGAUGUGAUUAAGAUUCUUGGAAACCACAAGAGACUCCACCGUCUGGCGAUUGAGGACGUCGUACAUACAACGAAUCGCACCAAGGCAGAUUGGUAUUCCGACCAUGCCUUUAUCGUAUUGACCUUGCAGAAAUUGGUGAAAUUGCAACAAGAGAGCAGCGACUCCGAGGAUGAUGAUGAUGAUGGGCCCGGUAUUUUUGAUUCAAAGGAAAGAAAGAGCUCAGUCGUCAGUGACAAAAGCUCGGUGUCUAUGAAACGACCCACCCAAGGACAUAUCAUUUGGGAAGCCGUGAAGGAUAUUUUCCGUUCCAAGCGGCCAGCAAGCCGGCAGAGGAAAGAAAAAGCGACACUGGGCGCGAGUGUCCGCCCUGGCCCAGGCCGGCCUUCUGCCAACCGGGCCUCUCAAUUCGGAGAUGUGGCUAAUGCUGCAUCAGCCACGGCUCGAUCCCUUCAGCGAUAUCGUGGGGGGCCAAACGAGGAUCGCAUCGAGUUCAUGGAACGACACGCCGCGCUCGCGGCUAAAGGACUAUGUGUUACCUUGGAACAGGUUUCACUCUUCCUUCAUGCCGACAACACCGUCACAUCCUUCUUUGAGACCAGUGCAGAUGACAUAGAAGCACCCAUCGUGCGACGUUUGAGCUCACCUGAGACAAUCCUUCGACAGUCAUGCGAUGCCAGUAUGCUCCUGCAAGCCAUUAUCGACGCAGUCAUUGAUCUUGCAAUUCCUGUCACCAUGGCUUACCAAGACGCAAUUGGAGAUCUGGAGCUAGAGGUCUUGACAGACCCGGACAUUGAUCAAUCGAAGAGCCUAUACAUCCUGACCUCUGAAAUCGCGGUCCUCCGAAACUCCAUGCAGCCGAUGGUGGCUGUGAUUAAUGCUCUGCGUGACCACCGAGGUGCGCCUAUCGGCACACCAGGUUUCGGGACUCUGCGAAACGGCGCAUUCAGUCCAUCUACCCACCCGACUGAGUUUGAAAUAGGAGCUCAUAUUGGAACUAUGACGCCCAAUUUGAAGAGUCUUGGAGGCUCGAGCGUCACUAUCAGCACUAUGUGUCAUACUUAUCUUGGUGAUGUGCUGGAUCAUUGUAUUACUAUCGUAGAAGGGUACGAUCAGAUGAGACGUGCCGCGGAUAACAUGAUCGAUCUCAUUUUCAACACCAUUGGUGCAUAUCAGAACGAGAGUAUGAAGCAACUCACGAUCGUGACGUGUCUGUAUCUCCCAAUGACGUUCUUGACGGGUUACUUUGGAAUGAAUUUCAAAGACUUCGCUGGUAUCGACCACAGCGAUUCGUACUUCUGGAAGAUUGCAGUACCAUUCGUGGUAGUGACCACUCUCUUUUUGAUGCGUGACAAAAUCCGGCGUUACGCUGUCAUGCUUGCCCAGAGACGUCUUAUCACCAGUUCGAGAAAGCAGAGAAGGGAAAGGAAGGUCAAAUGA